AACUGGCUCAAGCUUUUCUUUCACUUUCAUCAUCAGCAAAAGAUCCUAUGCUAAUACGGGACAGUCCGCCAGCGGUCGUGGGUGGGGCCUGAGCAGCAUGACGUCAUACUGCAUCCAAAUUUUGCAUCCAGUGUCUCCUUUAAGCAGUUGUUGGUUUGUGUUUUAGGCGUUUCUGCUUUUGUACAAGUGGAAUUGUCAGUGAAAGAGGGAGAAUCUGUCACUUUAGAUUCUGGUGUAAUAAAAAACCCAAAUGAUCUGAUGGCAUGGCAUUUUAAUGAAACUUGAAUUGCUGUAAUCACUGGAAAUCAGAGUAAGAUCUGUAUAGACUAUCAGUGUGUCUUGAGAUUUAGCGACAGACUGAAGGUAGAUCAUCAGACUGGAUCUCUGACCAUCAUGAACAUUAGAACCACAGACUCUGGACUUUAUAAACUACAGAGAAGCAGUGGCAUCAUGAAGAGCUUCAGGGUUACUGUCAUUGGUGUUGCUCGAGUAGAAGUAGUGUCUCCGACAAAGGGAGAUUUAGUCACUCUGUAUACUGAUGCUGAAACAGACCAACAAGAAAAGAUUAGAUGGUAUUAUGGAGACAUUCGUAUAGCUGAGAUCAGUGGAGAUCUCAGUGAUAUCUGUACAGAUGUUCAGUGUAAUAAUGGCACUGAGAGAUUCAGAGACAGACUGAAGGUAGAUCAUCAGACUGGAUCUCUGACCAUCACAGACACCAGAACCACAGACUCUGGAGAUUACACACUACAGAUCAUAAACAGAAACAACAGCAACAGUACAGAGUUAUUUAGUAUCAUUGUCAGUGAUGUUCCUGCUGGAAUAAAGAGAAAGUCUGUGCAUGAGGGAGAAUCUGUCACUUUAUCUACUUGUGUGAUAAAAUACCCAAAUGAUGUGAUGAUGUGGUAUUUUAAUGACACUCUUAUCGCUGAAAUCACUGGAUAUCAAAGUAAGAUCUGUACAGAUGAUCAGUGUAACAGAUUCAGAGACAGACUGAAGGUGAACUAUAUGCCUAGAUCACUGACCAUCACUAAGACCAGAACCACAGACUCUGGACUUUAUUAUUUACAUAUGAGCAGCAGGACCGUCAGGAUCAGCAUCAUUAAGAGUUUCAGUGUUACUGUCACUGAUCCAGGUCUGUCUUUCUUUGCUAUAUUUGGAAUAUGUGGUGUUUUUAUGGGGGCAGCUGUCAUUGUGUGUUUUUGCUGUUGGAUAUGCUUAAAUAAGAAACCGGUGAGUAUUACAAUAUUUAUUGUGGAAAAAUCAUCUUUAAAAGAUGCAAAAAUAUGUACUUCCUUCUAAUUCGCCAAAUAAAUUAUGUUUAAUUAAGUAUGUUAUUGUUCAACAGGCAACAGGAAGAAGCACAAGAUACUAUACCACUGAAUCUGAAUGUGAGAACUCAGAUCUAUGAGAUCUGUAAGUGUUAUAUGAGUUCCCUGUAUGUGAUUUAAUUCAGAAAUAAUAGAUCACUGCUCUUGUAAGUUUAAAAUGAAGAACAGUGGCAUUAAUACAUUUUAUAUCUCUUUAUCAUAGCUGAAGCGAAGCAAAAUAAUGCUUUGCAAAAUGUAAGCGAUGACAACGAAUGAACGAUAAGAAAGAAUAAAAAUUAACAUACAGCACACAGGAGCAUCAGCAAGAGUUGGUUGUUAGUCACCAUACUGCAUGCCAGAUCCAGACAAACAUUGAAAACUCAAACUGUUCUGUUACUUUAGCUAAUAUUUCAACAACAUCAUAUCAAUCUCUCUGUCAUUCUCGUGGAGAGUUCUAAAUCUCAGCAACAUGAAAAGUGAAGAUUUGUUUCUCAAUGCUGAUUUCAGCUAUGAGUUUCCAGCUCCAUAUUUCCAUAUUAUGUCUUCAUCUUAAUAUAUUUCAGUAACAUCAGUGUUUAGAGUAACAAAAUCUCUCUUCAUCACACUGACUGUACUUCAUUUGUCUCAACACCA